CCCAGCCAGACCGCUGAAGGUACCUCUGACGAUCUAACGCCCAGAAUCGACAUUCAAGUGUUGCAAGAAUAUAUUGGCAGUCGAGACGAAAGGGAAUCUAUGGCUGUGUAUAUGUCGGAUGGUGCGAAAAAGGAUUGGGUGUUUGUCUUACCAAAGACUGCACAAGAAAGCGCGGCGCCAGAUAGUGAAGAUAUUAAAGGUGUUGAUUAGUGAAAGAGCUUCUGGAUAACCAAUAUUCUACUUAGAUAAAAAUUUCAUAUUCAUACUUCAAUUUCUGCAUUUCCAGACUUUCCUUGCUCAACAGUUGAUAAUUCUUAUUCUGGUCGACGUAAAAAAUGAUAUCUAGAUCUAUCUGAUCACCACAGUAUCACCUUCACCACACGCACCAGCCACGGCCGCGAAGUACGACUUUUCUGAGGAUACUGAUCAUCAGACAGCGGCAUAUGCGGAUUUUGAUUUCCAGUCACUUCAGCCAGAGGACCAACUGAUCAACAUCGACAGCAAUGAAUUUGAUUGGAAAAAUCGAAAAACCGCUGGGCAGCUGCUGGAAGCGAGCAGUCUUUUGCCACCGCGAGGAACGCUGAUUAUAGACUUAAGGCGUAGUAUAAUUUGCAUAACAACGUUGGUCGCAUCCCUUUCCCUAAUAUCCCUUAUUUGAAUUUGUAUUUGGAUUAAUAUGAUUAUAAAGCCCACGAAAUGCACAGCAAAAGUCGUUUCUCGAUUUUAGAAGAACAUGCUAGCUUGAACAUGAUGAUAUGAAAACGAUCAUGGCAGAAAAGCAAAAGGGUCGGGUAUGAUAUAAUACACGCUCUAACUUUCCGCAAUUACGAGGGUUCGAAGAAGCUCUUCGAAUUGAUGGAUGCCAACAGAGGGGAGGAAACGGUUGGCCAUCCACAUCCCUUGUCUUUAAGCUGAUUGCAACUCCGAGUACUACUACUACUUUGAGUAAUUGUGAUUGCAGUAACUUCCACGACAGAAGAUAGUUGAGGCAGUACAACUAGAGGCUUGGGAAAUCUUGCUGUCAUUGAACCUUGACUCGUCCAACUCUACAACGCGUCUUACAACUUCGAUAAGAUCAUCAAGAACAAGGGGUUUUCUAAUCAUCGAAGCUGGCUUGGUCGAGGUCGGCGAUUACGCGAAGUUGGUUGUGCAUGUCGAUGUCUCGGAAUCCAAUGCAAAACCUCUGAAGGUCACGCAGCUACAGUGGCUUCGUCUCAACAUGGAGCCAACCAACCUUCUACCCAAAAUCAGCUUUCAUUAAGGCUUCCCCUCAUCCAUCUUCAGAAGCAUCUAUCCUAGAGACGUUCGCAAGGAGGAAACGGUCUCAGGAUGGUCUUCGGAAUGGAUUAGGAUGAGCGCUAAGCUUAGUGUUCCAGUAAUGUGGAGCGUGAAACAAGGAACGAGAUAACAAUCGCCGAAUUUCAGCCCGCUUCUGAUGGUCAAUCAAGUGGUGCACGGGAUUGGGUAUUCGUGUUCCCAAAACCACGCGGUUCUAACGUUAUUGACGCUCCCGAAAAUGCAGCCCAUCCUGUGGCAGCGGCAACAGCACCAGAAGGUACUUACAACUCACAGAGCUACACAUACCAACAUCACAAAUAACCGAUGACAGACUCAUAUUAUGGCUCACCAAAGAACAACUCAUGCUGAUCUACUCACUUCAUAGAGAUAGAGAUAUCGCUGACUCCUACAUGUACAUACUUGCACCACACUCAAUUAUAUCACAACACAGAAGAACAAGAACCUGCAGCCCAUCCAGACGAGACAGAUCCAGCAAUUCAGCCGCAAGUUAAGACCUCCGCGAUCAGACUGAUUUCUAUCUUCCAAUCUUGUUUCUUUCUAUAAUCAGUACUUCUACUUUUCCUACUUGUUAUGGUAGCAUGGAGCUAAAGGGGGAGCUUCUUGCGCCCCUUAAAGCUCUGCGCUCCAUGCACUCCAUGCUACUCCAUGCCAUGCGAGCUGUGAAACCUUAUAAAUUGCUCUGCUAUAGUCAGUACUUCUACUUUUCCUUUUCCUAGGAAGAAACGAGAAAUCUUUGCUAGAAUAUUUUUGUUCAAAGAAACGAGAAAUCGAGCGCAGCUCUAAAAAACAGCCUGUGGCGGGCGAAGUUGCGACACGAGAUGUGGGAGAGGUGCCUGCAGUUGCAACUGUGGAAGCUAUUUGUUGUGCCUAG